AUGUGUGUCUAUGCUACACGGCAAGACACAAACAUCCUCGGCUUUGGAAAACAAAAGCUUGUGAAACUCCAUUUCUUCGUCCAUGAUCUUACGGUCAACCACCCGAACACCACUACGUACGACGUGGCGCAAGCAUCGAUCACAGCCAACUCCCCAACCGGUUUUGGCACAGUCCGCGUUGUCGAUGAUCUUAUCACAGAAGAUUCGGAUGCCAGCUCCCGCCCCCUCGCCCGGAUGCAAGGGAUGGUCGCAAAAUCUGGCCUAACGACGCUCGCUAUCACGAUGAACGUGAAUAUCAUUUUCACUGAGGGACAAUUUGCGGGCAGCACGCUCACCAUUCUUGGUCGCAACGAGAUGUCCAAUGCCACCAGGGAGCUGGUGGUUGCUGGUGGCACGGGCGUAUUUCGAUUUGCUAGUGGAUAUGCAAUCCAAAGCACACACUCUUUUGGGUUCGAAGUUGUGGUGUUGGAAUAUUAUGUCCUCACCACCUAUAGCCCUAAGAUAAUCAACAUUGAUCAUGUUGAGCUCGCUCAAAUGUAA